AUGUCUCUCGAAGGACUGCCCAGACCUUUGACGCUGCCCGUGUCGCCCAGCGACCUUGAGCGCAUCAACGCGCACUUGCGCCCGCUGCCUCCGCAGGAGAUCCUUCGUUGGGCGCUCGAUUACCUUCCUGGUCUCGCACAGACAACCGCAUUUGGCCUCACAGGACUAGUCGCGAUUGAUAUGCUUUCCAAGCUGACGACCAACCCACCACCGCUAAUCUUCCUCGACACGCUAUACCACUUCCCUGAAACCUACGAGCUCGUGGAAGAGGUUAAGCGCCGGUAUGGUGUUCCCGUGCACGUUUUCCGGCCCGAUGGCUGUGAUACGGUGGAAGAAUUCGAACGCAAGCACGGAGAGAAGCUGUGGGAGCGUGACGAGGAGGCGUACGAUCUGGCCGUCAAGGUUGAACCUGGUGUGCGCGCGAAUCGCGAGAUGGGUGUACAGUCCGUUAUUACCGGUCGACGUGCAUCGCAGGGCGCGGCGAGAGCAACGCUGCAGCCGCUCGAGGUGGACGGAACGGGCCUGCUGAAGCUGAAUCCGUUAUUUGCGUGGAAAUUCUCGGAUGUGCAGGCCUAUCUGGACGCGAACAACGUCCCGCGUAAUGCGCUUCUUGCUCAGGGAUACAAAUCUGUCGGCGACUGGCAUUCCACACAGAAGAGCGGUGACGGUGAUGCUGGAGAACGUGCGGGCCGCUGGGCCGGACGCGAAGACAAGACGGAAUGCGGACUGCAUGUGGACUACUUCGCCCAGAAGCUCGCCCAAAAACGUGCUGCAGAGGCUCAAUCUCAGCCUGCGGGCGUCCCGGCUGUGGCGGAAGGUCUCGUUAAUUAA